GCUUUUUACGUAAAAUUGCACUAAAUUUCACCUUUUCGAUUGCUAGCUUUGGCGUGGGCUAAAUAAGAAAAAAGAUUUUUUGAACUUUUACGUGGAAAAAAAAAGCAUCAAAAUGGUGGACUACAGCAAGUGGAAAGACAUUGAUAUUUCGGAUGCUGAGGACGACGAGGAGCCGAAAAUUAAUAACGAGGCCCUAUUCCUCUGGCGUGAGCAGGAAUGGGUGGAGCGUCUGGAGGUAUUGGUCAGGGGCGAGGAGGACAUUAAAGAGAAACGAAAGAGCAUCGACGCUCGCCUCGUGGAUAUCAAGGAGCGCAUCAGCGCAAAAGAUGGCGAUGAAGUCGCCCUCAAGAAGGAGCUGGAAAAAGUCGAGAAGGAGGGCAAGAAACUUGAUCGCGUGGAGAACGACAUGAUGCUGAAGGAGAAAAAGGCAUGGGAUGUGGACAAAAUCGACAAGUCGUUCUUCGAGAAGAUCGGGAUCACUAAGAGUGCCGGUCGCAAGCCAGACGAGGAGCUUUCCUUGGAGGAGUUCGAGGAGUUCGUCAAGGAGAACGAGGAGCUGUGCAAACAAUACGGAAUGCUGCGCAAAUACGAGGACUCCAAGCGCUUCCUAGAAGAGCACCAGCAGUUGGUCUGCGAGGAGACGUGCUGCUAUCUGACGAAUUGGUGCAUCGACCUGGAGGUGGAGAAGAAGCACGAGCUGGUGGAUCAUUUGGCCCAUCAGUGCGUCUGCAUGCAGUACAUCCUCGAGCUGGGCGAGCGCCUGGGUGUAGAUCCGCGGGCCUGUGUCAGCUCGUUCUUUUCAAGGACCCAGCUAUGCUUGCCCGAGUACCUCUAUCACUUCGAGAACGAUGUCAAGGAGUACAAGAAACGCGUCCAAGAUGAAGCACAGGAAAAGAUUCAGGCGGCCAAGGCGAAGGUGCAAGAUGUGCAAAGCCGCUUGGGUCCCGGCGGGCUGGACCCACUUGAGGUCUAUGAAUCCCUGCCCGAAGAGGUGCAGGCCGGCUUCACGACUUGCGACACAGAGCUGUUGGUAAAGCUCUUCGACGCAAUGCCAUGGGAAGUGGCCAAUUAUCAUCAUCAACGUUGCUUAGCCUCGGGUCUAUGGCUCCUAAAGGAUGCAGACGGGGCCGCUGGGAAAGACGCUGCUGCUACAAAUGCUGCUGCAGCUGAUGCUACAGCCGCUGCCACAACUGCUGAUACAACUGCUGCUGCAGCCGCUGCCACAGCUGCUGCCACAACUGCUGCUACAGCUGAUUCUUCAGCCGCUGCCUCAGCUGAUGCUAUAACUACUGCUACAGCCGCUGCCACAGCUGCUGCUGACGAUGCCAAGGAGGAGCCCAUCUACACUGGCGUCAGCACCGAAGAUCUUGACUGAUUGCCUGCGGCGAAUCAUUGCCGGUGCCAUCUUCGCUAGAAGUCUAAUCCUAAUUUCCGGUCCCCGGCACACACACACACAUACAAUAAAUAUAAUAAACAGAUUCAAUCAUCCGAAGCCUUCUAAGUUCAGUUUUUCGGUAUAUGAUUUGAAAAAAGUCAGCUAAAUUCUC